GGGCACAGCGAGGCCCCGCCGGCCGCCGCCUUCCGCUUUGCCGCUUCCCCUCUUCCUGUGCGUGCGGAGACCAUGGGGACACCUCAAAAGGAUGUUAUAAUAAAACCCGAUGCUCCAAGCACAUUACUUUCAGAAAAACAUGCGGACUAUAUAGCUUCAUAUGGAACAAAGAAAGAUGAUUAUGAAUACUGUAUGUCGGAGUAUUUGAGGAUGAGUGGUGUGUACUGGGGACUGACAGCAAUGGAUCUCAUGGGGCAGCUGCACCGAAUGAACAAGGAAGAAAUUCUCUCAUUCAUCAAAUCAUGUCAACAUGAGUGUGGUGGAAUAAGUGCCAGCAUAGGUCAUGAUCCUCAUCUUCUGUAUACCCUCAGUGCUGUCCAGAUUCUUAUUUUAUAUGAUAGUCUCCAUGUAGUUGAUGUAAAUAAAAUUGUUGAAUAUAUACAGAGCUUGCAGAAAGAAGAUGGAUCGUUUGCUGGAGAUGAAUGGGGAGAAAUAGAUACAAGGUUCUCUUUCUGUGCUGCAGCCACUCUUGCACUUCUGGGAAAGCUGGAUGCUAUUGAUGUGGGAAAAGCAGUUGAAUUCGUUUUGUCCUGUAUGAACUUCGAUGGAGGAUUUGGUUGUAGACCAGGUUCCGAAUCACAUGCAGGACAGAUCUAUUGUUGCACAGGAUUUCUGGCUAUAACAGACCAGUUGCAUCAAGUAAAUGUUGACUUGCUGGGUUGGUGGCUUUGUGAACGUCAGUUACCUUCUGGAGGUCUCAACGGACGACCAGAGAAGUUACCUGAUGUUUGUUAUUCGUGGUGGGUGCUAGCUUCUUUGAAGAUGAUUGGUAGGAUACAGUGGAUUGACAGAGAGAAACUGCGCUGCUUUAUUUUGGCGUGCCAGGAUGAGGAGUCUGGAGGAUUUGCUGACAGACCAGGAGAUAUGGUGGAUCCAUUUCACACCUUAUUUGGUAUUGCUGGACUAUCUUUAUUAGGAGAAGAACAAAUUAAGGCUGUCAAUCCUGUCUUUUGUAUGCCAGAAGACGUCCUUCGAAGAAUAAAUGUACAGCCUGAGCUUGUAAGCUAAGCCUUGUAAAAGACAAAAGCUUUGUACGACCAAUUGCUUUUUGGUUUUACUGAUUUAUAAUCUCAUCUGUGAAACUGUCAGCAUAUUCUUCUUUCAGAUGUGUUGAUGUGUUUACAUUAUGUAAGUAAAGCAAUAGCUUUGCUGUGGACUUUGUCACUUUAUAAAUUGUUUCAGAACAGGCUGGUUCUCUUAAUCUGAGUGUAACAUGUUAUUUUGUUGUAUUCUAAGAUGUGUAGAAACAUUUCAAUUCUGUAUCUAAAUGUAUGGGCCUUGGCUUUUUUUUUUUUUUUUUAUAUAAUUUUCAAAUCAGAGCUUGACUGUGUGAAUGCUUAACUUUUCUAUUCCUGUAAUAUCAACCAUGCUAGUACUGAUCUUCAUACAGGCCUCUUUUGAUGGUGGAUCAUGCAAAGCACUUUACAAAAACAAAAAAAAAACAACCAACCAAACAAACAAAAAAAAAAACACCAAAAAAACAAAACAAAACAAACACAAAAAAAACCCAACAAACCACUAAAAUCCUACCUGAGGCCUGCACUUAAUACCACACUUACAUAUUUAAUUAUUCCUGUUCACAUUUGCCAUCGCUUUUCUAUACUGAGAAACAGCUGCUUCUUCUCACAGUAAUUGGUACCAGUAAUACCAUAAUUAUGGUUCUUUUAAAUAUACAAAUGCUUUCAUUUAUUGAUGAGUCCCUUAGACAAAAUUCCACUGAUACUUGAGAUACAGCACACCUUGAGUAUGUAGAGUGAAACUUGCUAACAUUCAACAUUCUAGAGAAGGUCCUGUUGGAUGGUGACUUGUAAUCGAACAUAGAGUUAAUGCUAAAUCUCUUGCUGGGUUGAAAUCCUAGCUUUUGUAGCUUUUAAGACACUAAUUGUCAACACUUAUUUUUGGUGUAGUUGGAAAUAAAAUUAGCUGUGGAAAAUACUUCUUCUCUGAAAGGUGAAAUCCUCUUUGUCUUCAUAGAAAUGCAUAGGAUUCCUCCCAGAUGGCAGCUGCCAUGAAGUAUGGCUCUUCUUGGUCUUGGAUUUCAGGGGCUGUUUCCAAAGUGACCUACAGACAUUGGAAUGAAAUCAUUAUUUACUGUGUAAAGGAAUUGCUCUCCAAAGCAUCAGCCAGGGUCUAAAUGUGCCAUUCUGCCUUUUAAAAGUACCAACAUCACAGGAUUUUUCUCAGAUUAAAGCUUCCAUGGAGUCGGAUCUCUCAAGCCUGGCCCUUGAGAAUUGUGGGCCUCCUGUGAACUGGUCUUGCCAGAAGGGCUUGCUGAGUUUUCCACUGCGUGGAAAAGAGAUCCCAUUUGGAGCCUGAAGCCUCGUGUUUCCUGUAGGAUUUCCACUCCUAGAAUUGCACACUUUGAAGGAUUUCUUAUAGCAGAAGUUUUCUGGGAGCUAGGACUCUGGCUGGAUUAGGGUCUCUGGACUCUCAGGUGAAGUGACCUUGAGACACUAGGGCAUGCAGAUUUCCUUGCUGUUGAGAAGAGCUAUUGUUGGCACCCAGGAGCCAUGGUCUGAAUGGGGGUGUCACCUCUUAAAUUUGCAAAUAUCACAGGAUUUCUUCUAAAUGAAUGGUGCUAAGAACAUAAGGUCUGGCUGGCUUUUGACUUAGAGGCGCCUCCUCUAAAUUGGUCUUCAGACGCUAGGUUGGAAAGUGUUCCUACAUAUGCCAAAUAGCCCUUGUUAUGCAAUUAAUAAGCUUCAAAGUACCAUGGAGUUGCUGCCCCUGCAAAGAUUUUGGCAGAGCCUGGUUGUGGUGCCCCACUCCACUCCACCACCCUUAGCAGGUCCUUAUGGUUGCAUGGGGAAUCAUCGUGGAGCAUGCCAACCCAGCUCCAUCCUGGGAACAGCACCUGUAUUUUACCCUAAAAUUUCUGUCCCAUUAUAGCUCCUGUUAGGAUACAAAUGUAACUUCUCGGUUUCCACUGAUUUUACCCCCAGUCAUCUUUCCAUACAGACAUUGCUCCACUCCCCAGAGGAUUAUUGUGAGCAGAUGUGAGCUCUGCUGUCCCUUUGGACUGACAAAGACAGAGGUUUUGUCCCAAGUUGCUUUUGAACCUGUCCUGCACCUGUUACGAGUCCUCAGUCUCCUGCAAUUUUGUGGGUCAGUCACAUGUAAAACAGCACAGCUGGCUGGCAUGCUUUGCUCAUGAGGGGAGACAAGAGAAGAAUCCCUCUGCUCACACCAGACCUGCAGCUGCCAAACCUCACCAAAGCACCUGAGGAGCCCCCAGGGACUGAUGGUACAGAAGGGAGGUGAUGGAGGACAGCACAGCAGGCAGCCUGCCCUCCAUCUGGGUGUGAAGAAGGCAGGGCUGGGAACUGUAAGCAACAUCCCAGCAGGUCUGGCUGAUGGUGCCACCCUGAGGGCUUCCCCUGCCUUUGGGCAGUCCCAGCUGCUGCAGCUCACUUGACAGAGACUCAUUGUCUAUACUGUGCUUGGCUGCACUGGAGAUGAUGAAGCCGAGGACAGCAAUGGUUGCCUUCACAUCCCCUGACUGCAGAUGGGAAGGAGGGCGAGCUCUGUCACCUUGGGAAGGCGUCUGCAGAGUCACUGCUGCCCGUCUCUGGAGCGUGGCUCCAUUGGGGGACCGUGGUAAGGACAGCAGUGCUCACUUAACUGUGCACCUGAGGACAGCUUCAGGAUCUUGUCAUACUGUGGGAGAGCAGAGCUUCACAGUAAACACCAGCUAACACACUGACUGCCAGUGUUAACACUAACAGUUCUUACCUAAAUAUUAAUACUAGUAACACUUACUAUGCGUAUUAUUAAUCCUAGUAGAGGCUGGUAGCGUUCUUUAGGCUGAGGCUUGCAUGAAGAAUACAAAAUUAAUUAACGUUGCUGAUUAUGCUAUUGUGUUGAAAUACUUGGCCUCCACUGCGGUAGCCCCACGCUUACCUCGAUGGCCUGCCCCAGCAGGUCCCAAAACACCUGGAUGCAGAUCAGCUUAAGCUUCACUGAUGUGAUAAACAGAGUUCACUCUUUAUAAUUUUUAAAAUUUUAAUAAAGGAUAAAAGGACAAAAUAAUCCAGCACUGGGAUGCUUUUAGCACACAGCCAAAGAGCACAGAGGUAGCUUAAAAACAUGUUCACUAUAUACUGUUACAUUGCUGAGGUUACAGGCAUAUUCAUUAACUUACACAUUAUUCAAACAUUCCUUUAACUUUUUGAUGUUCCAGGAACUCUCUUGUUUGGUUUUAACCUCUGACUUGUCUGCAGAACGUUCUGUAAAUUAGGUCUACAUAUUUUAUUUCUUCCUGUAGUUUUAUCCUGUUGCUUCACACUCCCUGAUAACACUGGUAAGAGUCGAUAAAUCCUUCCUGGAUGCUUAA